AUGAAUGACACGGAUGAUGUUGUUAACAGGCUGGCCGAGCUCCUGCGGCAUCCUGACGACUUGGAAAAGAUCUCGUCGUUGAAGAAUGAAUUCACACGCAAGAAGGCCGCCGUCGAUGGCCAGCUACGUAUAGGUCUCAAGGAGCAGCUCGAGAUCACUCAGCAAGGCAUGUCCAGCAUCAAUAAUGGCCAACGUACUGUCAACUUGAUCAAGGACGAGAUGAUCAAGAUCGACCGUCUCUGCGUCGAGGCCCAGAACAUGAUUCAAGACUUUCCUUUCGUCGACAAGGUUGCCCAAACACAUCGAAACUUUGCCCAGGUCGAGGACAUGAAGGCCCAAAUCGAAUCUUUUGGUCGCAACCUGGAUGAGCUCGAAAACCUGCUCCGUGAGGAUGACGAAAACACCGAGAAUCAAGACAAUCUUCUUGCUAUACAUUACGGCCUCACCAAACUACGCGACAUUCGGGAUAUUGCUCUGGACUCGAUCAAGUCCUCGACCGAAGAUGCAGGUACUGAGCUCAUAAACAACCUCCAGCUUGGCGAAACAGGUGCCACCUUGCAAGACCACUUCACCAGGCUGGAUGAUGUGAUUGACUGGUUCGACGAGCACGUAGGUACCGCAUGUCUAAAUCUGAUCCCCCUUGUUCAGUCGGGCAACAACGGUAUCAUCGUAAGAUUGGCCUUGAUUGUCGAGAAAGAAGAGGAGAAAGACCGCCAGGUUGAGGCGCUUCAGCAUGCCCACCGCGAAUUCAAAGACCUCGCCUCUCGCUUCAAGUCUAUGAAUGCUGGCCAAAAAGAACUGCGCGGUUACAAAGACAAGUUCCUCAAAGCCAUCGAGUACAACUGUCAGGCGCAAUUCGAUCAAGCUGGAGAGACUUUCUCCGAGGACCCGGACAAGCUCGAGAAGAGCGUGCGUUGGUACUUCAACGAUCUCAACACCGUCAAGCUGGGCAUGCAAAGCCUCAUGCCCAGAAAGUGGCGUAUCUUCAAGACCUACGUCGCUAUAUAUCACAGGCUCAUGCACGACUUCCUCGUAUCCAAGGUCCAGGAUGACCAGCUGAACCCUCCCCACAUGCUGGCCAUCGUCCAUUGGGUUGCUAAAUACUAUGCUAAGAUGGAAAAGCUUGGGUUAUCCGCCGACCAACUUCACCCUCAUGUCAUCGAUGACAGAGAAGCAGACAUUAUCCGCGAAUACAGAACUCUCAUCACUAAUGCUGUUGAGCAAUGGAUGGAUCGAAUGUCAACUACUGAUCGGCAGACUUUCCUGGAACGUAAAGAGAACACACUGGACACAGACGCUGAAGGCCACCUUCGAACCAAGACUUUGGGCGAUCUGUGGCGUAUGCUCCGUGAACAACUUACUGUAGCGUCGUCUUCUGACAGACCUGAUGUCGUUGAAGGUGUAGUUGAGUCCAUGAUGCGCGCUCUGCAAUCGAGACAGUCCAUGUGGCAGCAACUCAUCGACUCCGAAACUCAAAAGUAUACUUCGCCUACCAUGCCACAGGCUGAGCAAGAAGGCCUGCAGCCUUUACAAGAUUGGCUCGUGGCCAUUGCCAACGAUCAAAUUGCAUGCAUCGAUGACCAAGAAGACCAGGGGCAAAUCUCCUACCUCACGACCUUCAGACGCGAAUACGAAACGAUAGUCACGCCGGCGUACGCACUAUCAUCGAAUACCGAGCUCGACACUUUGCGUGACGGCUAUGUCGAUCUCGGCACGCAUUGUAUAUCCCUCUUCACAACUCUCAUCUUCUCGGUUGACUUCCGCGGUAUUCUUUCCGAGUUCUUCACUCCUGCUUGGUACAACAAGAAAGCAAUGGCUCAGAUAAUAUCGACCUUUGAAGAUUACUUGGCCGACUACUCUGAUGUCUUACACCCUUCUCUGAGAGACGUUCUCGUCGAAGAGCUUGCCGACGAACUGCUGGUCCGUUACCUGUCAGCCAUUCGUAACCGGGGAGUCAAGUUCCGACGCGGUGAUCCCUUCAACGAGAAGAUCAAGGACGACGUCUUGACCGUGUUCAACUUCUUCUCAACUCAAGAGGCAUCUUUCCCUGCCAUCAAAGACAAAUGGAGAGCCGUUAACGCCUUUGUCGAGCUUCUUAACGCCGAGAAGGGACCCGCAGUCGCAGACGCAUAUGAACAAUUCAAGCGAGAGAACUGGGACCUGCAAAUUGGUUGGGUCGAGGCUGUCUUGAGAACUCGUGACGAUUGUGACAGAUCUUUGAUAGGACUUGUUAAGGCUCGGGCUGCCGAAGUCGAAGUUGAACGAGGAAUGGAGACGGUCAUGAGCAAAGUGAGAUGA